AACACGGAAGUGCGCAGUCAGGUUUCUCUUUCGAGCGUCACAGCGUUGCACGACGGUUAAAUCUAUGAGUUUUUUUUAUUUUUUAUGUUUAAAGGGGUAUAAAAUAUAACUUAAAAUGUUCGGAGGGGUCCAGCUGGAGAAUGCGAACCCGGUGAUCUUCCAGCGCUCCGGGGAGAGGCUGCUCACUGCGUCCGAAGAGGAUGAAGACGUUCACGACCCCAUCGAUGACAGGGAAAUAUUCGAUCUGAUCCGAUCCAUCAAUGACCCGGAGCAUCCGCUGUCUCUGGAGGAGCUCAACGUGGUGGAACAGGUUCGAGUUACGGUCAGUGAUACAGAGAGCACUGUGAGUGUGGAGUUCACUCCCACCAUACCACACUGCAGCAUGGCAACGCUCAUCGGUCUGUCAAUCAAAGUCAAGCUUUUGCGCUCCCUGCCAGACAGGUUCAAAAUUGAUGUUCACAUCACUCCUGAAACUCAUGCCUCGGAGGAAGCAGUGAACAAACAGCUUGCAGACAAAGAGAGGGUGGCAGCAGCUCUGGAGAACUCGUCUCUGCUGGAGGUGGUCAACCAGUGCCUGUCCACCAGGACCAUCUAAACAGCCAAUCACCAGUAUUGUGGUCCUCCUGUCAGCAACAUACAUACUUCUGGCCGUUGAACUCUGGACUCCGCGAUAUUUUCACUCUCUAUCUCGAUGCUUAUCGGUCUGUCAUGUGGAGCUGCAGCUGUUGUUCAUAAGGUAUUAAAGCACAGUAAGGAUGGUAUCCUAAAAACCAACCAGAAAAGGCACAGAUUGUAAACUUGUCAUCAAAGUGGCAAAGGUUUAUCUAUUACAUUUGUCAGUAGCAGAUUUGGAGAUUCACUUUCUGUUUAAAUAAAAGUUUUUUAAGUAUGCCAUUUGUUGAUACCUGUAUAUAAUAUGCAUACUUUCCAAGUUUUAUUAAAUACAUAAUUUAGAAAACAAA